AUGAAUAUUACCACGAAGACGGGGCUGAUCGCUUCGCCGCGGAAGCGCAUCGUGCGUCCGAAGAAGGAGUUCGAUCCCGCCAUACUGGCCCCGUGUGCCAUUACGCGCCAGGUGCCGUUGGCAUUGCGACCCUUCGGCGGUUUGUACAACCCCUACUCGAAAGGCUGCUCGGUGCUGUGCAAUCAUCCGGCGGCGCAGGAGGUGAAAAAUGUGGUCCGACUGGCAAAGGACGCCUGGAUCACGGAGGCCAAGGUGGCUAAUUUGCACGGGCAUGGUGGGCCGGCGGGCGCGGCCACAGCGGCGAUGAUGGAUCGUACCGGUGCGGCACUGGUCGAUGCGGACGGCAAGGCGCUGCCGGGUGACAGCACCGAACUACCGGACCACGUGCCGGAGGAGUUUUUUCGGCGCUACACGGACACGGAUUCGAGACCGCUGACGCCGACACCGACGGUGGCCAGCGGUCGAACGCGUGCCAGUGUGGGCGGUUCGCAUCUGGCGCGCCGGUGCGUCACGCCGGAACCGCAGACCGCCAACGGGCAGGAGCGCAAACAGCUGAUACUGGACCUGCGCCGCAGCCACAGCCAGGAGACGCUCUACUGGAACGCGUCUUCCGAGCUGAGCCCGAGCCAGCUGCAUGACGGUGCAGGUGGUGGGCCCGCGGCCCAGUCGGCCGUCGCGGACGAUACCGGACGUACCGCGGGAAUUGGCGGCGCGGAGGACAUGAAGCUGCGUGGCGAAUCCGAUACCGAGCCCGGAUCUGGCCGGGCGCCGCCACAACCGAUGACCUGUAUCAACGCGAUGGACGAUGGGGAAGAGGACCCACCGAGGCGGCGCGGUAAGCGGCGCAAAAAGUCCAAACAGCUGACGCAAACGAUCAGCUUCGUGCCGAACCAGGAUCCGGAAACGCAGAUCGCCAAAAUUGAUCCGGACUCGCCGAACUACUCGGCCCGACCGUCGCUAGUGCCGACGGGGAAGAACCUGCUCUGCCUAGCGCAGGACCUAACACCUCCGGCCGGUUUCGGUGCGGGUGCCAAUCAGGACGGGGUGGGGCAGCCAGCCGAGGAGGAUUGUUUCCUGGACGAUGAAUCGCUGGGGUUGCUACGCCGGGGUCUGAACAUUGACAUCGUCGAGAUGAUCUUUGAACGCUAUAAAGGGCGCGCCAUCCGGGAAGCCUUUCGUACAGCAACGAUGGACAGGCUCAACUUUCAAACCGAAGCCGUAAGGACUCUGCAACGUUCGGCCAAACAGCUCAGUGACGUUGACUACGAGAAGUGGAUCGAUCUGCCCCGGAAGUACUCUAGAUCUUCAGCGCGUUUCGAGCUGCCUAUCGAUACCCGCAAACUAACCCGUAUGACCCCGAUCGAGUACCUGCACGAUUACGUUGUGCUGAGUGAUGAUCGGAAGCAGCUGUACCAUCGGAUCUUUGCGCGUAAUCUACCCCGAGAGGAACCGAAAGCGUCCGGUGUGCUGGAAAGCAUUGACAGUGACUCACUGCCCGAAACGGAAACGGGACCGAUCGAGGUAGAUAGCACGCGGAAUCUGUUGGCGGACGUGACCAGAUACAUCCCGAUGAAUUGUUUCGACAAAGCGCUCCACGAAGCACUUGGAUUUCACGGUACGCCGGAACGGAUUGCGGCUAUUCGGGAGUUGCUGGAGCUGAAUUAUGAUCCGUUCCACGAGCUGCAGAUAGACUUUAGGACGUGGUGUGGCAUAGUUGCGUUCUCGGAACGGUUUAUCAAUACGCUUGACCGUGAGCAAGAUCCUUGCGACGAGCUGGAAAUGGUUGAUUUCGAGUCGCUGGAGAGACGAGUUCGGUGGGCUCGACCAUCGGAAAGUCUCUGCCAAGUCCUGCAAAUCAUCAAAUACCAAUAA